GUUUGGUGAGUUUUGUCUGAUUGAUUCGUCAACAUUUUAGAGUUUUUAUGCAUAUUUCUUAGAUUAUUAUCGAAUAAAUAAAUUCCUGUAUAUUAUUAGAAUUUUAGUAGCUUAAUUUCACAGAUCAUGACUGAAUACCUGGAUGAAGAGCUUUUGAUUGACUACAGUCAUGACCAGAAGAGACUAAAGAAGAGCGAGAGCCUCACAAAUCUGUCUGCAUUAGACAUUGGCUGUCACAUGACAGGAAGUCUAGCUGGACACAGCAGCACAGAGGCCGAUUCGUUUGAGGCUGUAGCAGACAGGUCAUCUAAACAUAAAGUCGAUGGCUCAAAGCCAGAUAUGAAGCUCUGUUCCAGUGUGGUGAAGUCAAUUCAAGAGAAAGAUCAUUAUCAUGAGCAAGACAACUAUGAAGUGCAGUCUAUUUUGUUUCCAGAAACUCGAGAAACGCUACCACUUUUGAAACGUCACUGCAUUAGUCGAUCAUCUUCAUCUGGCAAAUCUUCAAGCUACUCUCCACUAAGGCUAUCGGUCACUUUUACCAACACAAAGCGUGGAAACAGGCAGACAGAAACACCUUCUAUAUCUGGCGCUGACCUAACAAUUCACCAACUGGCAGCGCAGGGAGAUCGUGUGAUGCUUGUGGAGAGGCUGAUGCAAGGAACCGAUGUUGAUGAACAGGAUGAUAUGAAAUACACAGCUCUCAUGUGGGCCUGUGCAAAUGAUCAGCGAGAUGUGGUGAACGUUCUACUUCAGGCUGGGGCCGAUGAAAGAAUGUAUGGUCAGGAUGGUGAAACGGCUCUAUCAUUUGCGGUUAAUGCUGGUAGCUUUGAUAUUGUUAACACUUUAUGUAAGUCUGGAGCAGAUGUUAACGCUUAUGAUUGGAAUGGUGGCACGCCUCUUAUGUAUGCAGUUCAUGGGGACCAUGCAGAGUGUGCUGAUGUGUUGCUUUUUUAUGGGGCAGACAUGAUCCAAGAAAACGAAUCAGGCGUCACUCCAUACAGCCUAGCAGUAACAUUGGGAAAUCCCAGGGUGUUAAAGGUGCUUGAAGAUCACUUAAUGUCGUUAUUGCAAAGUGGCUGUAGCAGCAAAACUUGAGUUGUAGAAAUUAAGGUCUAGAGGAACAACUGCAAUAGUGAAUGCAUAUUGACAUGUGCCAAGAUAGUGCCACAUUCUGCAAAACCAUUAGAGUUGAGGCCUGUUUACACAGAGCAUGCAUGCAACAAAACUAUUUGUUGCCCAGUGCAAUCCAUUUACACAGCGUGCAACAACGGUCGUCAUGCAUGCAAUUGUUCUGCAGUCUGCAUGCUUAGUCAGCAGUGGAUCUAAAAUAAAAAUUAUUUUGCUGAGGUGGCGCGAGUGGAGGCAAAACCUAUGGUUGGGAAAGGAAGGUAGUGGGGGUGUUCCCUACAGUAUUAUGUCCUUGGAGUCUUAGCCUUUUGAAUCUUUAAUAUUUAAAUGAUUUCAUGCUUUGUUAGUGAUUUUUUGACCUCAUGGAUCUGUCACUGUUAGUGACAGAUGACCAGACUCACUCAUUUUCAAAUUGACGUACAUUAUACUUUUCUGAGCAGCAUGUCGCUUGCUUUGUUUUGUUACCUAGUUACAUCACUUUCAUUAUGUGGACCACCAUAUUAUAUAUAAUGGGUUCUGUUAUUUCUGCUGUUAUCAUAUGAUGCUGUCAUGUUCUGUGCAAAUGUUUUGCGGUCUGCAUGUUUAUUGAAAGAUGAGCAGAGGCACUGAUUUGUCGGUACAGUAUAUCAGACAUUCUUUUUUUCUGAGAGAAGUCACAUGCUUCGCUUUGUCUUAUAGUUGCGUCGCUUUCAGUUUUGCCCGCCAUAAAGAAUAUAAUAAGUUCUAUUAUAUUUGCUGCUGUUGUGUUCCGCUGUCGUGUUCUGUGUAAACAGGCCUUUCAUUCUGAAUAACUUAAAAAAAAGACGGGGUUUUCAGAAUGAAUACUUUUUUAAGUGUAAUUUUGAUUUUGUAAAUUUUCUUUGACAAAAAAAAAAGUUGUAUGCCCAUAUUAUUUAGUCAUGAUGUGCCUAUAUAUGGUCAUGAUGUGAUGUCAUCAUGACCAUAUAUAGGCAUAUCACAUGUUUUUGUCAAAUAAAAUGCGAUAGUCUGAACAGGGCUUUAAAAAUAUACUGUCGCAUGCAUAUGUUAUGUAUACAAUUAAUUCUGUAUCCAAGGACCAGGCAAAAAAUGCACAUUAAGCAGUUUCUUUCAGAAGUUAUUAUGUGCGCUAUAUAAAUUUUAUUAAAAAAUGGUAGACAAACCAAAAAAAAGGGCAAAGAUGUUGGGUUCAAAUUCUGAUAACGACAAUAUGUUUUUAUCAAAAUAUUAUUAAAUGGUAUUUCAGAAGAUAUAUAUAAAUGUAAAACAAUGCAAUUAGAAAGUUGUAAAAAAUAAUAAAUUGCACAUAGCAAGAAUACACAGACUUUCAAAAUGACGUAUGUUUAGUGAAAAAAUGAAGAUUUCAAUUUAAUUUCAAAUAAUUAUUAUAAUGUUUCUGAGCUUUUUUGCCAUUAAGAUUUAUUCAUUAUUAGAUUUGGUGUGUAGACAAUAGUUUUUUUGUUGUUAUGUACUCUAGAAACUAUGAGAUUUGUUUAUAGGGCAUUUUAGCAAGCAUGUAAAUAUUAAUACUGUACUAUUACAUACUGCAACGUAAAAUCAAAUAUACAGUACUGUAAAAAUUGAAAUGCUUGUCUUCAAUAUGUUAUUAACUUUCAACUUGCUUGAAAAUGACAAGAGAAAUGUUCCUUGCUAGUUUUACAUUAUAAAUAAUAAUAAUACUAAUAUUUAUUUGGCAAUUGUCAAGAACAAUUUUAGCCUGGAGUGACAAUAGGCACAAGCCCAAAUAGAUACUGCACACUCCACCAUGUUUCAUAUGGCUUUCAAUUUCUGAUAGCAAUAGUGGCGGUGCCCGUUGGGUGUGAGGGGAAAAUUCUCCUCCCCACGUCAGACAAGCUUGGAUCUCAGAUGGAGAAGCAUGGAUUCCCAUCGUCCAAUCGUAAAAUGAGGUUAUCAGACUAAAAAUAUGCUGAUCAAAGUACAGUGCGCCCUCCAAUUCCAAAUCCUCUAAUUCCGAGAUCCCAGUUAUUCGAGAUCACUUGUUCAAAGAACCAAAUAACAAUCGUCAAUCUUUUAACUUCUAACCCUCUAAAAGGAGACCGAACUCCGAGACCACCUGAAAUUGUCACGUCCAAAGGUGGUCUCGAAUUGGAAUGCGAACUGUAAAGUUAUUGUUAUUGCCAAUCCCUACUUUAUAUUUAUCCUAUAAACACAGUCUUGGGCCAUCAUAAACCAUAAAAUCCUCCAUGAACCGUACCCCAGCAGAAAGUUGAUCCUGGGACUUUGAACAAUGCUGUAGCCGGCCCCUUGGUUCAGACCUCCCUUUGUGGCCCCACUGUUUGCAGAUUUCUGGGCCACCACUGGAUCAGAAAUUGAAGUAUUUUCGUAGUAAAAUGUCUGUAAAUCACUGAAUAUUUAAUUAUUUUUUAAUUUGUGACUUACUGAAAGUUGAUAACUUAUGUGCAAUUCAAUUUUUUUUUUAAAGUUUACUGUCGAUUGUUUGGCAGGUGACAGUAUUUUCUACCCUGUGUUUGACUUCAACUUGGCACUUAACAAUGCAAAUAAAA